AACAGAUGUUUGGUUUAAUAUAUCGUGAUAAACAGUCUAGGGAAAAUGUUGACCACUCGCUGGUACGGUGCAAUGUUGAUGAAACAGUUUUUUAAUACAACGGUACGGCAAACCGUACGAAAUAGCUCGACAAUCUUUGGUCUAUCUUCAGGUUUCGGAAAGUGUGGCGUAGCAGUAAUAAGAGUGUCCGGCUCAGCCUCACGUGCCAUCAUCGACAAAAAAACUCGAUUAAAGUCGUUUCCGGAACCGAGGCGAGCCGUACUGACAAAAAUAUUCCACGGUCAAACGAACGCAAUGAUAGAUCGAGGUCUUUUGUUAUGGUUCCCAGGCCCUCAAAGCUUUACCGGCGAGGACACGAUUGAGUUUCACGUCCACGGAGGCACGGCCAUAGUGUCCGCCAUGUACGACAGCUUAGCCACAUUUCCCGACACUAGAAUAGCGGAACCGGGCGAGUUUACCAAACGUGCGUUCUACGCGGGGAAGAUGGAUCUUACCGAAGUGGAAGGUUUGGCGGAUUUGAUCCACGCCGAAACGGAAGCGCAGCGGAAGCAAGCACUACGGCAAGCAAAUGGGCAGCUGUCGUGCUUUUACAACAAUCUGCGCUCUCAGCUCGUCCAGGCUAUUGCCAGCAUCGAAGCUUAUAUAGACUUUGCCGAAGAUCAGGACGUCGAUGAUAAUGUGCUGAGCGUAGCGGUGCAGAACAUUGAAGGCGUAAUCGGACAACUGAAAGCCCAUCUGAACGACAAUAGGCGCGGAGAACGGCUCCGGAACGGUGUGCGAACGGCCAUCGUUGGUGCGCCCAAUGUGGGUAAAAGUAGCCUGAUCAAUCUGCUCAGCCAGCGCAACGUGUCGAUCGUAACGAGCAUCGCCGGUACGACAAGGGACAUCGUAGAGUCGCACUACGACAUUGGUGGCUAUCCAGUGAUACUGGGCGACACUGCCGGGCUGCGGCAGGGCACGGAAGAUGUGGUAGAAAGUGAAGGCAUCGCACGUGCUCGAACGUAUGUGGAAAGUGCCGAUCUGUUGCUGUUGGUGGUGGACGCUUCACGUGUCGAAACGGUCGACCGAAUGGAUACUUACCUGCGGGAGUACAUGCAAACGCUUGGCCUUGACGCGGAUAUGAUGUCCCGCAUGCUGAUAGUGUUGAACAAAUGUGACUUACUGACUGAUGGAACACGGGAGCGGCUGUCAGCGCAUAACAACAGCUUUAGUUUUCUGUCCUGCCAAACGCAGUCCGGUUUGCCGGAGUUUCUCGAGCGGCUUAAAACACGUCUGGUGCAGCUGUGCGGUGAUCCUUCGGUCGAAAGUCCAACCAUCAGCCAGGAGCGACACCGCUACCAUCUGAAGCAGUGUUUAGCGUGCCUGGAGCGAUUCCGAGACUAUUUCCACGAAACUGGUCCAUCGAACCGGGAUCUGGCGAUUGUUACGCAUCACCUGCGGAAUGCGGUGCGUUGCAUCGGCAAGAUAACGGGCACGGUGGAGACGGAGGAAAUACUUGACGUCAUAUUUAGCACGUUUUGCAUCGGGAAAUAAAGUAAAGAAAAAAAAAAAAAGAGAACGCCACAGGUUUGGGUUGGAUUGAAAGCAGCCGAAAGCUCGCAUUGGUUAUCCAAUUAUAGCGAACAGUUUGCGAAACGAGGUUUUGAUAAACACCUAGCUUGUUUCUGUAGCGCAUUAGCUCUUUACAAUCAUUUUCUUUUCUAGGUACGGCUGCUCUGUGUGCCCGCUCAUAUCCGGUGCUGACAGGGCAAAGGAUGCCUGCCGUACUGGCACAGCAGCCCAGCCCUGCAGUCAUUUAACCUUGUUGAUAGUAUUUUCUCGGAACACACAUUAGCAAGGAUCAGCGCGUUUGAUCUCGUUAUGACCGCCGGGAGCACGUGAAGUGUGUACGUCUGUGUCUGUGUGUAUGGCGUAUCGUAACAUUGACGCACGGUGGACAUACAGGCGUGUCAGCAGCAGAAGGAUUAGCAUUUACAACCAAAAGGAAGGAUACAUCGUUGCUAAUGCUAAUGUUGUGUUGUGAAGCGAUGAGCUAUGUCAAACUAAACCUGUUUUAUCCUGGUUCAGCCUAACCUGUCUGCUGGGGUUUGGUGUAACUAGUGCCAUCGAACUGGUCAGCCUACCAGUGUCGAGGCACAAUUGUAGCUUUAUCGUACUUAAAAGAUGAAUAUGGUUAAGUAGUACUUACCUUUACCAUUAUUUUUGACAUUAACUUAAAAUCAGCUCAAAUAUGACGGUUCAGGUUUUCCCGUGGAGGCGCCUUGUACUUUAUGUUAGUUAUGUUAGAUAAACUGUUGAAAU